AUGUCACUUAACGUUGAAAAUAGAUGCGAUAUACGAGGUCGACGUUCAUUUAUUAUGGAUGGUUUUAAUCGAUUACCCAAUAAUGAAGACCCAAGAUUUAGAUUUAGAUCAGUAUUUCAUCAAUCUUCUCCAUCUCAUUCAUUACGACAAGAAGACUUGACAUCAUCACAGCAUGGAUCUUUAGAAUAUAAUGGGUUCAAUAUGAUGUACCCUCCAUUUCCUCCCUACCCUUUGCAGCCACAGCCUGCUUUUCAACUCCUGCCCUUGCCAAUUAGUUAUCCAACACCUAAUAAUUUUCUUCAAGAAAUUCCUUACAAUGCAAGGCCUAAUCAAAUUUUUAAUAAAGGAUUAGGUACUGUAAUGGGAGCUAGUGCAUAUCACCACAAGAACCAAUUUACAGAUUGUUCGUUAUCAGCCAAUACUGAUGAACUUGUCGCUAGAAUUGGAGCAACUUUUCCAACCGUCAGCGAAACUCAUAUUAAAUGUCUUUUAAAAAAGUACCACAAUAGAGAGGCAGUUGUUAUGAGUGCUUUACAAGUUGAAAAACAUCCUAUAGCAACACCUGGUCCCUAUUCAACACUUUUAUUAUCUAAAGCCCCAAGUGUACCUGGAUCCUGUACUCCUUAUCAAAUGACUCCCCCAUUAAGUAUAAGAGGAACACCAUCGUUGAGUAUAAGAAGCAACUUAACAACUCCUCCUGUCGCUCUUCAAGGAAGUAUGGGAACUCCAUCUUUAAUUGUUUGGGGUACUCCUCCACCGAGAGGAAGUAGUCCUAUGCCCAGGCCAGGUUCAUCUAGCAGUUAUUACAGCUCUUUAAUGUAUGGAGACUUCAAACCGUCUCCAAAAUCUCAGACUUCUCCCAAAAUGAAAUUGAGGUAUUUGAAAAAUGUUUUUCCCAAAGUUGAAGAAACCAUUUUGUUGGACGUUUUGGCAAGUGAAAAUAACAACGUAAUGAAAACAUCAGAGAAAUUAAAAAGCAUGGGAUACGAAAAGAAAAAUAUAACAGCAUCCAAACCCUCGUCGGUCGAUAAAAAAUCCGAAAAAGAUUUAUAUAAUAAUUUAACAUUGCAAAAAGAAACGGAAAUUCAAAAACCCACACCACCUCCACGUAUGAAAUCUUUAGAAGAAAAAAGUAAAAUGAAAGAUAGAUUGGCGGGUUUAUACGAUGACGUACCAGAAAAAUUAAUACAAAUUGCAAUAGAAAGUGUUAAUUACGAUGAAGAAAAAGCCCGACAUUUGUUAAUGCUCAUGAUUAACGAGGAAAAAGAAAAUAAAGAAAAUGAAAUUUCUAAACAAAAUUCGUUAAACUCCACCGAUAAGGACAAAACCGAAGCGUCCAAAGACGUGAAAAAAGACGAGGAUGGAAAAAAAAAAGAUGGAGGAGAAAAAAAUAAAACGACAAAAUGUAAAAAAGACGUAGCGAAAAUUUCAAGAGGAACGAGCACAACAGAAGACAAAGAAUUCAAAUCCAUUUAUUUAAUGAAACCAUGUGGGAGAAAUAAAAAUUUAUGCAAGGGACCAAACGAUCAAUUGCUCCUUUCUGAUUACAUGACGUGGAACGGACCGGAUCCGGAAUUGAGAUCUGAAAAGGGUAAAAGUUUAGCAAAAGGACCGAAUAAAAAUUUACUUCUCACGGAAAAUAAAACCGUUGCUCAAGGUCGAAAUAAAAACAUUUGCAAAGGACCGAAUCCGACUUUGGUUAAAGGAAGCAAAUACUCUCAAAUAAUGGCGGCAUUUAAAUGGUGA